CCAUCAAACGCCUAUAGAACAAGCGUCAAAAUCAAAGUGCAGAAGAAGAGGAGGAGAGAGAGGAAGAAACAGGAGGAUUAUUUGCCAGAGAGGAGGAGUAGAAGGAGCCAUAAAAGAAACCCUUACACCUGAUCUCAUCCCAGCAAAGGGGACCCACCAAGUUCCUGGCUAGCAAUAGGGUUCAUUAGCUAGAAGGGGGAUUGUGUGACUUUGUCAGCAGCUGAGAAGGAUCCCAGGACUGUGCGCGCGGGGAGACACAAAAAGGACUACAAGGUCUUCUGCUCAAGCUGUGCUGCUGGGAGAAGAUGCUGCAUAAACCCGGUGCCAAGUCGGGUACUCUUUUGCCCUGGUUUUAUCACGGAUAUUCUUGGUCUUUGGGAACCCGGGGAGGAUUUGGCACGCAUUUAACCCUGUGGAUAUGGCUCAUCAUGCCUUGCACUGCCAUCAGGACCACCGCUAGCCCAAGCAAUGAAGUCAAUUUAUUGGAUUCUCGCUCUGUGAUGGGAGACCUUGGAUGGAUCGCAUACCCAAAAAAUGGGUGGGAAGAAAUUGGAGAAGUUGAUGAAAAUUAUGCUCCAAUACAUACGUAUCAAGUAUGCAAAGUGAUGGAACAAAAUCAGAAUAAUUGGCUAGUAACAAGCUGGAUUUCUAAUGAAGGAGCAUCUCGGAUCUUCAUAGAGCUCAAAUUUACUUUGCGUGACUGCAACAGUCUUCCAGGAGGUCUUGGCACCUGCAAAGAAACUUUUAAUGUAUAUUACUUUGAGUCAAAUGAAAAAGAUGGCAGGAACAUUCGUGAAAACCAAUAUAAUAAGAUUGAUACUAUUGCAGCGGAUGAGAGUUUUACUGAGUUGGACUUAGGUGACAGGGUUAUGAAGUUAAACACCGAGGUUAGAGAUGUUGGACCUCUUACUAAGAAAGGUUUCUACCUAGCAUUUCAAGAUGUGGGAGCUUGCAUUGCACUAGUGUCUGUCCGUGUAUACUACAAGAAGUGCACAUCAGUGGUACGUAAUUUAGCUCUUUUUCCUGAUACAAUUACUGGGGCUGAUUCUUCACAACUUUUGGAGGUAUCUGGAUUGUGCGUCAACAAUUCGGUGACAGAUGAAAGUCCGAAGAUGCAUUGCAGUGCUGAAGGAGAGUGGCUUGUUCCAAUUGGAAAAUGUAUGUGCCAAGAAGGCUAUGAAGAAAAGAACAAUACAUGCCAACCUUGUCGGCCAGGAUUUUUCAAGUCUUCCCCGCAGAGUGUGACCUGCAAUAAAUGUCCACCUCACAGUUAUGCCCAGGAGGAGGGAUCGACUUUUUGUUUCUGUGAAGAGCACUAUUACAGGAGAGAGUCUGAUCCGUACACUAUGGCAUGCACAAGACCACCAUCUGCUCCACGAAAUGCUAUUUCUAACAUCAAUGAGACCAGUGUUUUCCUUGAAUGGAUGUUUCCUGCAGACACUGGUGGAAGAAAAGAUGUUUACUAUAAUAUUAUUUGCAAGAAAUGCAACACUCUCUCCGGCCUUUGCGACGAGUGUGGUAUUCAUGUACGUUACAUUCCUCAACAAACUGGCUUGAAGAACACAUCUGUAAUGGUAAUAGACCUAGAAGCCCACACAAAUUACACCUUUGAGAUUGAAGCCGAGAAUGGCGUUUCUGAAAUGAACUCAGGGUCAAGACAGUAUGUGUCUGUGAAUGUCACCACAAACCAAGCUGCUCCAUCUCCAAUCAGCAUUGUGAAAAAGGGAAAGGUUACAAAAAAUAGUAUUUCACUUUCCUGGCAGGAACCAGAUCGACCGAAUGGUAUCAUCCUUGAAUAUGAAAUCAAAUACUUUGAAAAGGACCAAGAAACUAGCUACACAAUUAUCAAGUCGAAAGAGACAGACAUUACCGCAGAGGGACUGAAGCCAGCAUCGUCCUAUAUAUUCCAAAUCCGAGCACGCACUGCCGCAGGGUAUGGAGCAUUCAGCCGCAGAUUUGAGUUUGAAACAAGCCCAGUGUCAUUUGCUGCAACUGGUGAUCAGAGCCAAACUCCUAUAAUUGCUGUGUCGGUCACGGUGGGUGUUAUUCUGCUGGCUGGCGUUGUUGGUUUUCUUCUCAGUGGAAGGCGAUGUGGGUACAGUAAAGCUAAACAGGAUCCGGAGGAAGAAAAGAUGCAUUUUCAUAAUGGUCACAUUAAAUUACCAGGAAUAAAGACAUAUAUUGAUCCUCACACCUACGAAGACCCAAACCAAGCUGUACAUGAAUUCGCCAAGGAGAUUGAUGCUUCUUGUAUAACCAUUGAACGAGUUAUUGGAGCAGGUGAAUUUGGGGAAGUUUGCAGUGGACGAAUUAAACUUCCUGGGAAAAGAGAGUUUCCUGUUGCAAUCAAGACUCUUAAAGUUGGAUACACUGAUAAGCAGAGGAGAGAUUUCUUGGGUGAAGCAAGCAUUAUGGGCCAGUUUGAUCACCCAAACAUCAUCCACUUGGAGGGUGUAGUGACAAAAAGUAAGCCAGUAAUGAUUGUAACAGAAUACAUGGAAAAUGGUUCACUUGAUACAUUUCUAAAGAAAAAUGAUGGCCAAUUCACUGUAAUUCAGCUGGUGGGAAUGUUAAGAGGAAUUGCAUCUGGCAUGAAGUAUCUUUCUGACAUGGGAUAUGUACACCGGGACCUAGCGGCAAGGAAUAUUCUCAUAAAUAGUAAUUUAGUAUGUAAAGUUUCAGAUUUUGGCCUGUCCCGGGUUUUGGAAGAUGAUCCUGAAGCAGCAUAUACAACCAGGGGAGGGAAGAUACCCAUCCGAUGGACAGCUCCUGAAGCCAUUGCUUUUCGGAAGUUUACCUCUGCAAGUGAUGUCUGGAGCUAUGGAAUAGUCAUGUGGGAAGUCAUGUCCUAUGGAGAAAGGCCGUACUGGGAGAUGACAAAUCAGGAUGUAAUAAAAGCUGUUGAGGAGGGUUACCGUUUGCCAAGUCCCAUGGAUUGUCCUGCUGCUCUUUAUCAGCUUAUGUUGGAUUGCUGGCAAAAAGACCGAAACAGCAGGCCCAAGUUUGAAGAAAUCGUCAGUAUGUUGGACAAGUUGAUCCGUAAUCCUAGCAGUUUGAAGACACUUGUCAAUGCAUCAAACAGGGUUUCAAAUCUGUUAGUUGAACAUAGUCCUCUUGGAAAUGGUGCCUACCGAUCAGUAAAUGAAUGGCUUGAGGCCAUCAAAAUGACAAGAUACACUGAUACUUUUGUGGAAAAUGGAUUUAAUUCAAUGGAUGCAGUGACCCAAAUGACUUUGGAAGAUCUGAGGAGAUUUGGUGUUACUCUUGCUGGUCAUCAGAAGAAAAUAAUGAACAGUAUCCAAGAAAUGAGGGCACAGUUAUUAAAUGGAAUGGUGCCAUUGUAAUAAUGAUGUUUGACAGUCAAGCAAGCCUGCACUUUGUAACAUGCCCAGAGAUUCGUAGAUAAAGAGAAAAGUGAAAUGAAUCAAAAAGGGAAGUAUAGUGCUAUAGAAAACUAAAAAUGGCACAACGGACAUACAACGAGAAACUCAAAAUCAGUAUUUGACUCCAACUUCCAUCUAUUUUUUAUUUUGUUUGUGUCCUCAUUCUUCAAAUGUAAUUGCAACAUGCAUGGGACCUGGAACUGGAUAGUGAGAGUAAGUGAGGUUAGCCAAUUGUUUGGCUUCUAUAGCAAAGGACUUCCCAUGAUGCUUUGUACGGGAAUUGUAUAUAGCAUCUUGAUAGUGCUUUCAUUGUAGCAGCACGCUAAACACUUCCAAUGACUUACUUGAAUGGAUUAUUUACAACAAAAUUUUGUAGCCACAUUCUGCCUAGGAUAAAGCUGCAGUUUACUGACGUUUACUAAGUCUCAUUGUCUACAAAAGUGUAUU